ACCCUAAGCUCUUUCAACACCAAACAAAAAAAUGAAGUCUGCAGAAAAACUCUUGGCCUUGGCAUUUCUUCAUCUUGCCUUGUCUUCACUCCUUUGUUUUGCUGCUCGUGCAGAUACAAGAAGACGUGGUAAUGGGAGAAACCAGAACCAGAAGGCAAGGAGUGGUGGGAACACAUGGUGCAUCGCCAAGCCAUCAACAGAGAACGCCAGGCUCAAUAUCAAUAUUAAUUACAGCUGCUCACAGAGCGGAGUGGAUUGCAGGCCGAUCCAACCCGGUGGUAUCUGCUACCGCCCGAAAACGAUCGUCUCCCACGCUUCUUACGCCAUGAAUCUCUUCUACAAGGCUGCGGGGAAGAACACUUGGAACUGCCAUUUCAAUGGCACUGGCAUCACCGUUUCACAGGAUCCAUCCGUUGGGAGCUGUAACUAUCCGAUGUGAUGAACGGAAAGCACGAUAUAUGCUGAGAAAGACAUGUCUAUCAAAGGUGAUGUUGUUGUGUCCUCUGUUUCGGUUGUAGUUGAGAGACAAAAGUCGGUUUCAAGUGGGGAAAAAUAAUGUACCCGUGUGUAUUUUCAUUCUCCU